AGAGCCUCCUGGAAGCCAAGAGGGGCGGGGAGACACACCAAGAGAAGCUGAAGAGACCAAAAGUUGAGACAGACCAGAUCAGGAGGGGAGGCAGAAGAGAAAGCCUAGCAGAAGGAGGACUGAGAGGCACUUGCCAGUCCGAGACCCCAGUCCUAUCCCACUCAUCCUGACCUUUAUUAGUUUGAGUGCUGGGAAGCCCAGCUGGAUGCAGGCAGCCUGGCUCUUGGGGGCCCUAGUGGUCCCUCAGGUUUUGGGUUUGGGCCAUGGAGCCCGGGGUCCUGGGAGGGGGUGGGAGGGAGGUUGGGGAGGGGCCUUGGAGGAGGAGCGAAAGCGGGAGUCCCUGAUGUUGAAGAAUCUACAGGAGGCCCUGGGGCUGCCCACUGGGCUGGGAAAUAAGGAUAGUGUUGCUGGAAAUCCUGAAGGCAAAGGGGUCUGGGGGACCAAGGAGACUCAAGGAGAAGAAGAGGAAGAGGAAAUCACCACAGCACCUACUUCCAGUUCCAAUCCUUUCCCCAGCCCUUCUCCUACACCAGAGGACACCAUCACUUACAUCUUGGGCCGCUUGGCUGGCCUGGAUGCAGGCCUACACCAAUUGCACAUUCGUCUGCACGCUUUGGACACCCGUGUGGUCCAGCUGACCCAGGGACUGCGGCAGCUGCGGGAUGCUACAAGUGACACCCGCGACUCCGUGCAAGCCCUGAAGGAGGCACAGGUCCGUGCUGAGCAGGAGCACGGCCGCUUGGAGGGCUGCCUGAAGGGCCUGCGCCUGGGCCACAAGUGCUUCCUGCUAUCGCGGGACUUCGAGACACAGGCGGCGGCGCAGGCGCGGUGCAAGGCGCGGGGCGGGAGUCUAGCGCAGCCGGCAGACCGCCAGCAGAUGGAUGCGGUGGGCCGGUACUUGCGCUCUGCCCUCGCCCCCUACAACUGGCCCGUGUGGCUGGGCGUGAACGACCGGCGCUCGGAAGGGCUCUACCUUUUCGAGAACGGCCAGCGUGUGUCCUUCUUCGCCUGGCACCGCGCACCCAGCCCGGAGCCCGGCGCCCAGCCCAGCGCGGCAUCAUCACAUCCACUCAGCCCGAAUCAGCCCAAUGGCGGCGUCCUGGAGAACUGCGUGGCGCAGGCCUCGGACGACGGUUCCUGGUGGGACCAUGACUGUGAGCGGCGCCUCUACUUCAUCUGCGAGUUCCCCCUUUAGAGAGCCGGUCCUUGCCCCAGAGCUCGAGCACACGUUCUGCUCAGUGCACCCUACGGUCUGGGGUCGCUCAGAGGUUGACAGUAACCAUGAAUAAAUUUUAAUAAUUAGAGGCUUUUUAUUUUAGAUACUGGCACCCAGACUGAUUGCGGCCGGGUCUGCACCUGAGAGAACUUCAAAGAUGCAGCCCCUAGCCAUAUCAGCCCAGAGCUGAUACGCUUGUGGGCAAACCCCCGCAAGAUUACAUGUAGUCUGCCUGCGUGUAGGCAGGGGCUUAUUUUAACGUGAAUGUCCUGCAGUUGUCCUAGUCAUCUUUUGAGUAGAGGAAGCAAGUUUGAUUACAAAAGCAGAAAUAGCAUUCUUACUAUCUUGCUAGAACAGCAGACUUUACAAGAUCAGUCACUUUAAGAAGAGUCUUUAACGUCGUGGGUGGGGGUGGACGGUACAGUCCGUACAAGACCCUGAGGCAGUUUUUGAUUUUGGUCUCUCAAGCAUAGUAAGUCUAAACGUUUAAGUGUAAUGUUCACCAUCACACCUACAAAUUUGCACUCUGCACACUUCAAUACAUCGUGCACCCUGAGCCUCACACUGUAUGCCUUGCCUUGCACUUUGCACCCUGAAUCCAGAACCCUCUUUGGAUCCGAAGUGCCACCAGUCCCGGCCGAUUGGGCUCCCCCGAGAGAUACCCUAUGCAACUUCUCCAUGUCCCCAUGUGUCCUUGAAGCUUCAAGCUCCCAGCUAAGCUCAGUGCCAAUAAACCCUGUAAGAUAAUUUGAGGGCCUGUGGAGACACCUGGCCUUUAUCUUGCCUGGGGAAAGUCAGGAAGAACCAGACCCUGACUUUGGAUACUUGCACCUGUCUUUUUAAAAUACAGAAUGUUGGAGAGCAUUUGUGCAUAGAGCACAUGGUUGUGCACAGAUGUCUGGCAUAUUCUUGCACCUAUGUGGAUGCCAACAUUCCUAGCAUGCUUCCUCAUGGAACCUUUAGGACCUGAGCCCUGUCAUUGUUUUACACGUUGGCUUUGCUCCUGAGCAGAGAAACCAAGGAAACAUCAAGGUUUGCUCCAG